AUGGGUGCAAACUUUUCCGGUGGACCUUUGGCUGUGGAACCAUCAUAUGAUGUGUCGCUUUACGAUGCGGAUGCCAAAUAUCCCGAUGCAGCCUCGCCCUGCAAAACAGAACAAAACUCUUUGGACCUCAACCAUCCAGCACCUUCAGGACUUGUGAUUGUCCAUGAUGGUGCGUGGGAGACCUACCGGGAGGAUUUCACGAUCCAACUCAAAGGCUUUGGCGGGUUUGAGUUCUGGCAAGGCGUCCGGUCCAGAGAUGACUUCGAACGUUUGCGGGAGGUCUUCGAAAUGGAGUGUGGGACAUUUGGUGCCGGAUCCAUGGGACAUUUACCCAAACGCCCGGAGUUCAUCCAGAUGAACCACUGGAAGUGGGCCUGCUACUUGCGUGAGACCCGUUCUGGCCUUCAACGGUGGCUGGAUACCGCCAUCCGCACCAAGCUUUGUGACAGGAUGCUGUGGAGACAUCUGCUCCUGAACCAGGCAAACUUCCAAGUCCAAGCUGCAGAUGCAGCCUGGUUGGACCUGGCACAUGCCGUUUUGGGAUUGCCCACCAUGAUGAACAUCAUGAGCUUCCUGGAGGAACCUGCAGAUGUGGCCAGGCUUUGUUACCUCUCCGCGGGAUGGAUUUGCCACAGCACCGCGCCCUAUUGCCCCAAACAAUGGGAAACGAUGUAUGCGGAUCGCUGGCCUGCCUUCCACGAAGCUCAGAAAUAUGUCUCCGACCUCAGCCGUUCCGAAGUCGAUUGGAAGUCGAUGUACUGGCACACUCUUGCUGGCCAGUUUGAGACGGUGCUCGAGGCCUACGACAGAGAGAAGAAGUUGGGCUUUGCCAUGUCCUGCAUGCUGGCGAAGGUGACGUGGGAUUCGCACAUCAAUUGCUACAUUGCAAAAUAUGUCAGCGCAAGCCAGGUCUUGCCCGAGAAGAUCCCCUACCACGAAGGCUACAGGUUGCGCUUCUGCCCUCCCUCGGCACGGACGCUGAAGCCCGAGCUGGUGCCGCCGCAGGCAUCGGAGUUGUAUGGCUAUCGCGUGCUGGAGGGUGUCCCAGACCUGAAAAUCGGGCAAGGGCUCGAGCUCCAGUGGAAGAUGCAACAGGGCAGCCCCUUCGGAUGGUGGUUCGGCACCGUUGAGUCCGUGGAACGUGAUGCAGGUGGCUCCAGGGCCAAGGUGACGAUGAUCUUUGACCACUUCCCCGCCACCAGCCGCUGGCGUCGCCUGCAAAUCAUCAUCGGCGACGGAGUGGUGCGGCAGUGCGCCAUUGGUGGAUGGCAUGGAGGGGUGCGGGCCGUCACGGAAGCAGAGAAGAAGGACGCCGGGCAAGCCAUCCAUAGCCAUCCCAUGUUUGCAAACUGCGAUGCCUUGGAUGCACCAGGGAAUCGGGUCGACUCUGCCACUCCGUUGAUCCAGAUGCCUCAUGACAUCUGUGACAUGGCUUCUCACCGCACAGAUUUGGUGCAGACUUGGCCAGAAGAUGCGAUCCGGCGCGCUUCUUUUGUGAAGCGUCUUGUGGCCAGAGAGGAAGCACCAGAUUUCAAAUGCUUCCUCUGUACAAAGCACAGAACCUUUUUGGCCCAAUGUGCACUUUUUAGAAGCUACCGCAUAGAACAUUGCAAGGAGGUGCGGGUCCCAGACGAUCUCUUCCACGUCUUCGCGGGUAGGGGCCAACCACUGGGGCAUGCUGAGGUUGCGACCCCUCGCCUGAACCCGCAGAAUUCGCAGGAUGCCAAAGAGUUCUGGCUACUACGCUUCCAAGCCUUCACCUGGAGGCUUGCCUCCCAUUACAAGGCUUCGUCAGCUGGUGGCCUGGGAGGUUGGUGGCUUCUGAAGUAUGAGUUAGGUCAAGUCGAAAAGAGUCGGAAAGGACAGUGGAAUGUGGGUCAUGACGCGCUGUCAUCUGCAUGCAUUUGGUUGGACAAUGUGGCACGGGAAGGGAAGAGAGUUGGGGACCGUCAGACUGAGCAAGCUGUCGUGUACCGUGGUGAUAUGACGCUGAAAGAGUUCAAAAAGCUCAAUGAGCCCACGAGGCGCCUCAUCGCCAAUGCUGGGGCGCUGCCAGCGAGGCAGCUCCUGAAGGUGGGACGUAGCGAUGAGGCUCUGUUCGAACCCCUCACCAAGGAGGAGCGCGAUAUGAAAGUCAUCCUGCAGAUGAUCAGCGAAAAAGCUGCACAAAGGUUCGGCUCUAUCCGCGAUGCCUUGCGACACUUGGAUUCCGACUGCGAUGGCAGCGUCGAUCGAAGUGAGGUUCGACACUUCUUCCGCAGUUACAACGUCACGGAGGAGGUGGCGGAUAAGUUCUUCGACUUUCUCGACGAGGAGAAGAGAGGGGAACUGGACUACGGCAAAGUGGUGAACUUUCUGAGACCCUUCCUGGAAGGUGCCAUCAAUGGUACGCCCUUGACGGCACGUGACUUGACCAAGGGCAAGGGAGCGCCGGACUUCGUCAUGGAGGAAAUGUUGGAAGCCACCGUGGAGGGCGAGAAGAAGUUGGCGAGCUUUGAUUCUCAGUUUGAGGCUACUCUUCGCCUACUUGCACAGAAGGUCAUCGACCGCUUCGGCAGCACGGCGGCGGCCUUUCGCCAUGUGGAUUUGGAUCGCAAUGGCAUUAUGACGAGGAACGAGACGCGCUUCCUCUUCCGCUUAGUGAACUUCUCCGAGGAGCUGGCAGAUCAGUUCCAUGAUUCUGUGGACACGAACGGCUCGGGAGAGAUCUCCCUGCAGGAAUUCUACACCAGCUUGGCGCCCUACGUGGAGAUUCAGGAGCGUCCUGUACCCAAACGUCAGGACUUCAUCCUGAAACCUGACACGCCUGAGACCCCUGAGCCACUGACUUCGAGGGCGGUCAGCAAGGAAUGGACCAAGCACGUCCAACCUGCGCAGCGUGUGGAAUUGAGGCGUCUAAUGCAGGACAUUGGAGACAAGCUACAGCUGAAGUUCAAACAUGUGCGGGAUGCCUUCAGGCCCUUGAAUCUCCAAAGGUUAGGAAAGAUCAAUCGCGAAGAGAUGCGCAGCUUCUUCCGCGGCUUUGGGCACCCCAAGGAUGUGGCAGAUCGUGUCUUUGACCUUUUGCAGGACAAGGCUGGUGAGGUGGAGUACGCCGUGUUCAUGUCUCACUUCGAAUCAGUUCUGGGGCGGGACUUUCGGCAGCUAACACAGGCGCCCAUCAUUGCGUUGGAGGAUCCUCUCGCCAGUCGAGAGGUGGAUGGGACGAUUGAGGCCUUCAAGGCCUUUUUGAUGACAAAGUGCAGGAACCUGCAGGAGGCUUACCGCAUCUUGGAUUACGACAAGGACGGCAAGGUCAGCUGUCAGGAAAUGCGAAACUUUGCCAAAAGGCUUGGCGUCUCGGCACGAGCAUCAGAUCAGCUGUUCUUCGCGCUGGAUGUGGACAAGAUCGGUUGGAUCAACUACCUGCAGUUCACACGAAUGUUUCCUGAGACAUGGGACCAGCCAGAACCAGGUCCUGCCAGGGCUUGGGCCACUCCCCGUGGUCCAUGA